GUAAAUUUGGAGGGAAUUUCAAUCAAAAUAGUCAUGGGGCUCCUCGAAAACUAAGAUAACGCGGAUAAACACCUAGUCUUUAUAAUUUGAGAAAAAUACGGUGCAUCUCUUCAAAUACUUAAGGGAAAAAACACGGGAUAACACAAAUUGACUGUUGGCCGACUAAAUACAACAACGUAGUUUGACGUGUGCAUGCACGGACUUUGCAUCUUCUCAGUCGCUAUUAUCUUAGCUAGCUAGCAUCGAUUAAAGGUUUCCUUGCUGCACGGGCUAUGGGCUAAUUCGGAGGAUGCUGACACACGACCUUAGAUCAUUUAUAAACGGAUAACGCUGGUCAUGGAUCGAAAGACGAGGGGGCUCGAAAGUCAACUGUGUAAAGCUGUGAACGAUAGUGAACCGAGAUCUGUGCAGCGGCUUCUUUCACAAGGUGCAUCCCCUGACCUGGUGGGUGGUAAAGGAGUGGCUGCAGUCCACUUGGCCGCCGGCAAAGAGACGGAGAAGAACACGCGCUGCUUGAAAAUGUUGCUGCAAUAUGGAGCGGACCCCAAUAUGAGGUCAUCAGAUGGCUUGACUCCUCUUCACAUCGCUGCACUGUGGGGAUGUUAUCAAAAUCUGAAGCUGCUUUUGAUUAAUGGAGGGAACACAAAUAUUAAAGAUAAUGAAGGGAACACACCAGGGCAGCUUGCAGAGCAGCAGGAGAAUCGAAAAUGUGCCCAGCUCCUUCAGGAGUACCAGUCCAGCUCAGUCGACACAGAGGAGGACAAUUUACCUCAAUUCCAAUACUCUGUGUAUUCAGACCAAACGGACUCCUCCAGCUAUCCUGAAUCGGACUACAGCUUGAGUUCCCACUCUUCUAUGAUAAGUGACUUUGGUGAAGCCCCAUUGAGCAGCACAAGGCGCUCAUCGUUUUUCAACCUGUCUGACAUUAAUGGCCAUAUUCCUCUGCAAUUAAGGCCAAAUUGCAGAGGAAUAUCAUAUAACAGACCUUUUGAUGUGGACACUAAGGGGCACCACAGCCAGGACUGGAACACUUCCUCCUCACAUUGGGCAUCUGAAGGUCCCUCCAUGCUAUCAAGCACUCGCAUGUCUACAGUGGGACAUGCAGCGGCAAUGCCCACUCUUAGGGAGGAUGAUUUAUUUACUGCUGAUGAUGUGUUCACAUCAAGAGCGGGUAAACACGCUGCUACAACUGAUAGCAGAAUCUCCCCCUCCAGCAGAGACGCUCUCCCAGCAUUUCCCUCCAGGCGAGCGAGCCGUAAGAGUGUGAGCUUCAGAGAUGUAGAUGAAUAUUUCCCUGUUUUUAGUCCUGAAUCUCCCAAAACGCAGUGCACCAGCAAAAUACCUUUUGACAUGUCUGAGUAUUCUGACUUCCUGGAUUCAGAAAGGAUGGCCACUGUUUUACACAAGCAGGGCAUCGACGUCACAUCGCCAGAUCACGUUUAUGUUUUUUGCAGGGAGAGCAGUGAGAGCACAGAGGAGGACAUGGAGAAAACAGUCAUUAGUCACUGUGCUUUGGAAGAGAGUGAUGAUGAACAGGAGGGGGAACAUGCAACAGAGGCUCAGGUGAAUAUACCAGAGCACCCAGCCCAUUCCAAUGUUGGUAGCAGUAGCAGUGGGACCGGUAGCAGCCAUUAUAGUAGCUGUGAGAGCGACCAUUACACCUGCGCUCUCGAUGCUUCUAUACACCCCAGACAUCUUUUACUUCCCGGCGUAGAGGGGGUUUCUCUCGGGGUUGAAUCUGCCCGAAACAUUCAGAUUUCUACACACCCUGAUUCUGAAGGUACAAGGCAAGAUGCAGCAGAUCUUCCCCCUGUUCAAGCGAAACAUCAGAUGGAUUCAAAACUUGAAACUAAAGAGCAUUUACCAAGUGUACUUGAUAAACUGCCGCUGUCCGAAGUAACAUACCCAAACAAUGAUUUGUUAGAAGCUUGUAGUGGUCAUGUUGCGGACACUUCAAGUGAAUGUGGCGUUGACCAGCCAGUGGCAGACACUCCAUUGUACGAUGCAGCUGAGGCAUUACAGGAAAACUUCAACCUCCCAUUCACACCAAGUCCUUUUGUAACGGGCAGGACUCGCUCGAGGUUGAGUCGCUGCUCACAGAGAACAGAGAGCCCCCUCUUCACGUCUUCCCUGUUUGAAGAGACCCUCCCCACGCCAGUUCGAACACACCGUCAUACGCCCAGAUCUCAGAGCAGUGAAGACUUUUACAGUUCACCACGUGCACCGUUUUACACACCCUCCUAUUCAGGGAACUGCACAGGAAGAGACUUGUUGCCUUCUGAUUGCCAGGACACUCAGUCCAGCACCCUCGGAGCUGCUUCAAGUGCUAGUGAUAGCCAAGCUGACACGCUCAUCCUCUCCAAGAGCGUAACCGAUUCCGCCUCAGAAUCACAGACUUUGUCCGACACGGUCAUACUGGAGGGAAACCAGGACUCUUCAAUUGAUGCUUAUGAAAGAAACCUUGCAGAGAUUAUACUGGCCAUGCGAGGCCAUGGUCUUGCUGAAGGCAGGGAGUUUCUGACUGAUGAUCUGACGAGUACAGAUGAGGCAUCAACAACGAGAAACGCAAGCGAUGCUCCUGGUAAGGAUAGAGUAGAUGUCCUAAACAACGAAGAUGCCUGGAUCACUGAGGACUACAGCUCUCAGCCGGAGUCCGUCUCCUCUUCAUCCAGCUCCACCUAUUUUUCCCCGAGGAGGUCUAGGGAAGACUCCGACCUUCCUUGCACUCCAGGCACCGGAUGCACCCCAAGGUACAGCAUGAGCCGGCUGUCGAAGAGGCCACAGCACCUGGCUAACCUGUCUUACACGCCUGGAGGGCGUCCGCUCAUUCAGGAUCUGGAUGAACCGGUGGAAUACCUCUACACCGAUUCAGAACAGGGUCACGAGUUCAUCGAGACCCACGUCCCGCCCACAGCGAACACCUCACUCAGCUCCAGCAUGAGUACUACCAGCAGCGAGGAGACCAUCCUUUAUGACUGGCGCUCCAUGCAGACCGACACGGCGAACGGAGGAAAGGAGAACCAGAAGCCCCAGGUGGAGCAACAGAAGGAGGAAAACGAUGUCAGGCUGUCGCCGGAGACUAAAGGGAUCACCGACAAGGAGCUGAGACUUAGGCUGGUAGAGCUCGGGGAGAGCCCGGGCCCCAUCAGCUGCCGCACCAGGCCCACCUACAUGCGGAAGCUGUGCCGCCUGUUGCAGGAGUCAAACUGCCAAUCGCCACAUCCCCAGAAGCAGUUAGACCAGCCACAAACGGAUAUAGGUUAUAGUCCAGAAUUGUGUCGGGCCCUGAGGACCUUCGAGCUUCCCAAUUGCCAGGAUGACGAGCAGGCUUUGUGCCAGCAGUUCGACCAACCAGAUCAGAACAGAAAGUGGAGGGAGGGCAUCAUCAAGUCCAGCUUCAACUACCUUCUGCUCGACCCGAGAGUGACGAAAAACCUCCCAUUCCGAAGCCACACCAUGACGCCACAUGAGUGUUUCCAGACAUUCAUCCACGCUAUAUUUUAUGUGGGCAAAGGAAAACGCUCCCGCCCCUACAGCCACCUGUAUGAGGCUUUAGAGUACUUCAAAGGAGACAAGACCUCCAAGAAAUUGUGCCUCAAAGUGCAGCACAUCCUUCAGGUGUGGAAGGCCGAGCAGGGCGUCAUCUCUCUGCAUUGCUUCCAGAAUGUCAUUCCAGUGGAGGCUUUCACAAGAGAGGCCUGCAUGGUGGAGGCCAUCGGGUUGAAGAUGCUCACCAAUCAAAAGCGAGGGGAUUUCUAUGGCGUGGUGUCCAACUGGCAGGUAAAGAAGAAACGGGACCUCGGCGUCCACCUGCUCUACCGGGCCAUGCAGAUCUUCCUGGCAGAGGGCGAGAGGCAGCUCAGACCAGCAGACAUCAGACAGUAGUGACCCCCACUGGAGGGGGGGUAUGAACAGCAGCUAAACUCCAACGUACAGAAGUAAAACCACUAGUUCGGGUUACAAAGCAAUCCUUGUUUGAACAAUGUUGCACUCAAAUGAACUCUGAUCCCUCAGCAACUUAGUUGUGUUAAACAUGUGACUGCUAAUAUUGACAUCCUUUAAGAUCAUCUCGAUCGUUUUUCAUUUUAAAGUGUCUACUGAAAGAUUCCACUUUUUAAAAAAUGUGUUCACAAAAUAUCAAAGCUACCUGAUUUCUUUCUGUAUGUAAGCUUUGCGUGCGUUGUACAUCAUUACAUUGCUUUUAAUCUGCCAAAAAAUAAUGUUUACAUGAAAAAACGUGGGUUCUUCAGAGGCCACGACAAAUAAGCAUGAUGUUAUUUUCCGAACAACAUUCUUCCCAGUAGAAGACUUUGCAUCAAAACUGCUGUUGCACUAAUUAACACAUCCCAUUCAAAUGCAUUUCACUAUAAUCAAAUUAGCUGGCACAUUGCACAAGCCCAUACGCGAUGUCUUCAAAAAUAUUUUCUUAUAUAUUAUAAUAUUUUUUUAUAGCAUUAAAAAAAGAUUUUAAUUUUAGCAGAGGCUGGUAAUGUUUCAUAGAUAAAUCAAAAAUGUAAGUGUGUAGUUUUUAGAAAAGUAAUGUGAUAUCGUUUGUUUACAUUGCUGGAUUCCCAUUUUGUUUGUUGUGCGUUGUCUUUGUUAUUGUUAAAAAAAUGCACUGCAGCCAAGCUGAUGGUGUGUGUGUGUGUGUGUGUGUGUGUGUGUGUGUGUGUGUGUGUGUGUGUGUGUGUGUGUGUGUGUGUGUGUGUGUGUGUGUGUGUGUGUGUGUGUGUGUGUGUGUGUGUGUGUGUGUGUGUGAUUAUUAUUUUAGAAGUAUGGAAGUGUGUCAGUACUUACAUUGUUAACAUCAGUAAACCAUCCAAGUUAGUAGCAGAAAUAGUUCUGAUUAGUUAACGUGAUUGAGUUACAGCUGUGAUUUUGUGUCAUAAUCUACAUAAUUCUGUUAGCUAGUUAAAUCCCCUUUUUUUUUUAUUGUCUCAAUCUCAUCUCAUGUUCUUCACAGUUGUGUCCUGGGCAACAAGCUUCAAAGACAUGUAUCAUCUCCUCAGGGUAUUAUACUUUAUUAGUUGCCUAGAAGCUGCACAUAUUUCUUUGUUUCAUAUUAACUACUGAAAACAUAAUUUUGUGAUUUAUAAAUAUAUUUUUUUACGUCCCUAUACCCAAAGGAAAUCCAAGCAUGAGCUCAUAUGGGGGGAGGGGGGGAGUAAAACACCUGAUCGGUGGCAUUUACUUUUUAUUAUGAAAUGAAUGUCAUGAAACGAAUUAACUACGAUAAUGAAAAACAUUAAUAGUAUGAUGAUUAGGUGUGCACAAACCUUUUCCAGUUUUCAUAGGUCUAAAAGAACUGUUUGAUAUGUUUUCUUGAUUGAUUGUCAAAAACAAACCAUUAGUCGUGUACAUGCAUGAAUUACAUGCUGUGAAGUGCUUUCUUUUAUAAUGAUUAUUGACUCCUACUGCCGCUGCCGACUGUUCUGACCCUUUGUUUUGCAUGUAUGUAAAUAUAGUAAAAAGAAAAAUACAAAUGACAUAAAACUGAACUGGAUGAGUCUGGUCCUUGUUUCAUGUCCUGUUCUUAGGUGUCCCUCUAGUGGAGAAAAGAAGUCAUUCAUUUUUCUCAUCAUGCACCAGCUGGUCUCCAUCCAAUAUGACUAAUUAAAAUGUGUUUGAUACUAA